UGACAUUGGAUUUAUCUGGCAUCCAUUGCUUUGUUUAGCCCUCCUCCCUCCUCCGCCAUGAUGUUUUCUAAGUGAACAGUUAGCUAACUAGCCGUUAGCCUCCAGGCUGCGGACUGUGGUGGAAGGGAGGAGCGGUAGGGUGCGAUGGAUGGAUGCUUUGCCCCGCUGCGUUUCACCCGUUUCUUCUUGAUUUCAAACGGAAUGCGACAACCACAUUCACGCGCUGAAAUGCUCCGUGCUGUUGCGGGGGGCUGCCAAUAACUGACCCGGGAGCAGCGCCCUUUAUUUCAUUACACUUUGAAGAUUAACGCGAGCUAAGGCUGUUCGAGUGGCUACCCAGCUAGCGCCUCCCUGCUCUCCUGCGGUCGCGCUCUUGCGUCUCCAGCCCCGGGAAUGUUCUCCAAAAAGCCUCACGGGGACGUGAAGAAGUCCACGCAGAAAGUGUUGGACCCGAAGAAGGACGUAUUGACGAGGCUGAAGCAUCUCCGAAUAGUCAUCGAAAACGCAGAGCCGUCGGAGCUGAAACAGUUUUUCGACGUGAACUACUCCCAUAUCUACUAUGUCUUCUUCGAGAACUUUGUCACCAUCGAGGUCAGCCUCAAGCAAAAAGGACACAAGUCUCAGAGGGAGGAGCUGGACUCUAUUCUUUUCAUCUUUGAGAAAAUCCUCCAGCUCCUGCCAGAGCGAAUCCAGAGCCGAUGGCAGUUCCACAGCAUCGGGCUGAUCCUCAAAAAGCUGCUGCACACGGGCAAUUCUCUGAAGAUCCGUCGGGAGGGCGUGCGUCUGUUCCUGCUGUGGAUGCAGGCGUUGCAGAUCAACGCAGAGCGCGAGCAGCUCUGCAUGUUCGCCUGUUUGAUCCCUGGCUUCCCGGCUCCGCUUUGCCACGGGACCCCGCGCACCCUGGACACUCUGAUCAACCCUGCGCUGACUUUAACAGAGACUCAGGUUACCCCAGAGGAGAUCACUCCAUUGGUUCCUCCCCAGUCAGGUGACAAGAACCAAGAAGACCUCACCGCUUACUUUUUAGAAGCGCUGCUGAAAUACAUGGUAAACCAGGCCAAGGCUCUCGAGUGGCGCUGUAAGGAGAACCACGAACGUGGCUUCAGCUUCCUCUUUGCUCACUUCAGGAAGUUUUACCUUCCUCACAUGUUUCCCAACUUCGCCACGGAGACCAGCCUCUACAGCCCGAUACUGGACGUGCCCCCGAUGCGUCCCAAGCCCUACUACAGCGUGGUCCGCAGGGAGCAGGACGGCGGUGAAACCGUGUACUGCACCAAGGAGAGCUUCCUCCAGGCCCGAGUCAUCUUCAUCCGCUGGCUGGUUUCCUUCUGGCUGGAGCCACGGCCCAACACGCAAACACACAUCCCAGGAACAGAGGGCGAGAUCGUCCCUAAGAACAUACAGCGAGCGGCAGCCGGAUUGGCGGCUCGCUCCGGGGGCAGCUCCGAUGACAGCGGCGGCGGCGGGAUUCGCUCCGACGGGCUCCUCGAAGCCAGCGGCUGCUCGUCCGGGUCGGGCGGAGGCAGCCUGGGGCUGUCUGGGGGCCUCGGGGCCGGGAUGGAGCCCGAGCAAAGCCACUCCAACACGUCCACGCUGACGGAGCGGGAGCCCAGCUCCUCCUCCCUCUGCUCCAUGGAUGAAGAGCAGCUCACGGACAUGGAGGUGGUGAGGAGAGUGCUGACCAGCUCCAGAACCAACGUCAACUUCAUCACGGAGAUCUUCAGACAGGCAUUUCUCCUUCCCAUGUGCGAGGCUGCGGCGAUGCGUAAAGUGGUGCGUGUUUACCAGGAGUGGAUCGCCAUGGAGGAGAGGCCGAUGUUCAUGAAGGAGCCGGAGGAGGGCCCCUAUCCCACGACCGGCAGCCUGGAUUCAGGCUCGCAGCUCGGGGACAAGGAGGAUGAGGGAAUGAAUAAUGCAGUUGAAGGUGAACUGCUGGAGUACAGCGUUCAUGCCGGGGUUCAGACGACUCUCCAGUUAUUCAUCACCCACUCCUCCAACGUGUUCCUGUUGGAGCCAGCCAACGACAUCAAGAUCCUGUUGGAGGAGCACGUCGACAUGUGCAAGCGAGUCCUGAACAUCUACCGCAGCCUCGUCAUGCACGAGACCAUGGACCAGAAAACAUGGGAGCAGGUCUUAUUGGUUCUGCUGAGGGUGACGGAGUCAGUGAUGAAAAGACCUCCGUCCAUCAUGCCGCACUGCAAGAAGAACAACACGCUGUCAGGCAGGCUGGCUGGACCGAUCUUCCAGACGCUGAUCGUUGCCUGGAUUAAAGGGAACUUAAACGUCUACAUCAGCAGGGAACUGUGGGACGACCUCCUCGCCGUCCUCUCCUCUCUCACCUGCUGGGAUGAGCUGGUCACCGAGUGGUCACUCACCAUGGAGACCCUCACCAAGGUGUUGGCCAGGAACCUGUACAGUGUGGAUCUGAAUGAUUUGCCUCUGGACAAACUCAGUGAACAAAAACAGAAGAAGCAUAAAGGAAAAGGUAUCGGCUCGGAGGGCCAGAGGCAGAUUGUGGACCGGUCCUUCUCCAAAGGCUGGAGCAGAGACCAACCGGGCCAGGCGGCAGCCAUGAGGCAGCGGAGCGCCACCACCACUGGCUCCCCGGGCAUCGAAAAGGCCAGGAGCAUUGUCCGCCAGAAGACCGUAGCCCUGCGUAGCUGCUCUACGGGGGACUCUCUGCUGUCCUCAGCCUUUAUUCGCAGUGCUAAGAGUGCUCCCGCUCUGGCACCGCCUCUUCCUGUCCUCCUACACCACCACCACCACCCUUUACUACCCCCCCUUGCCGACCAGCUGGCAGACCUCGAGGACCCGCCCAUCACACUGACGUCCCGCACCUCUCGGAUGCGCCACUGCUCACAGAGCGACGAGGCCCCUCCCACAUCCUGCUCUGAGGUCUUCCAGGGAGGGGCUUGUGACCUAGAGGGCCACGCCCCUUCCUCCCUCGCAAGGAGCAGCAGCGCCUCCAACAUCAUGGAGCCCUUCAUCGCCGAGCGGGUCAAAGGUGAAGACCCGAAGGGGGGUCCCGCGUCGACCCCGAAUCCCGCCCACCACCACUCCACAACCCCCCCCUCACACGCAGUCGACAGCCACACAGCUCAGCCACACCCCCUCACCUCCCCCUCUCCCACCCCUUUAACCUUCUCCAAUGGUGGCGUUUCCUCGCCUUCAGAGGGACAAGAUGAUGGUAGUGUUCACGACCCGUUCUGGCACCAGAUUGGCUCUCGGAGCCGGGCCUCUAGUUCGGAUUGGGUGAGCGACUGGGAUUCCGCCUUCGCCGUUUCAUCUGAAAAGGAAGUUGAUGUCGAUGAGGGCGAGACUGGGGCUGGAGCAGAGGAGGACGACUUAUUCUCCUCCAUCAGGGACUACCUCACCAACAAGGGAGGUGAGAGGAAGGAGGAGGCAGGAGAGAGAGAUGGUCCCGGUCGCGUGGCAGAAAACCACGCUGGACCCGUACCCGUGCAAACUGGGAUUGCGAGAACACAGAUGGAAUACCCGGGCCAGGUAGGAGAGGCAAGACAGGUGGUGAGGGAGGGCAGGCAGGUAAGUGAAUCCGUGAGACACAGCAGUGUGGAUUCCACAGAGGAGAAUGAGGCCGAGCAGCGCAGCAUCUACGAGUGCCUGGAGCUGCAGUGCCAGUGGCCGUCGCCCAAUGCUAGGGGGAGUGCUAGCUCAGAGAGACACGCUGGGGAGAAAAGGGGAGGAGGACAUGCGGGAAAGGCGGAAGGAUGGGAAGGGAAAUGCGAUGCGUGGAGGGAAACGGGAGAGGAGACGCAGGGUGGCAAAGAGGCCGCGGCAAGCGAGAGGUCCAUUUUCAUCAGACCAGAGACUCACGCGGUAGAAUGUGGCACUGAACCAAAUCCAACUGCCCAAACCUGCGACCCAAUGAAAGCCAAGGCGUCCCGGAGUAGCGCCAAGAGGCACCACUCCGGGGGCGUUCAUGUCAGCUUCCGGCCCUCGACCGAGUCCGUGCAGUUCCACAACCCCCUUGAGAGUAAGGAGGCCCACUGGAAAGCCAGACUCCGCCGCCUCAGUCACUUCCACACGCACAGCCACCCGGCCGGCGAGAGGCCGGGGGCUGGAGCAGCAGGUAAGUCUGGCUCUGCCGCGGGGAUCAGCCAGAGAGAAGGUCUGCAUGAGAAAAUAGGGACUGUUUCGGAUAACGCCGGGGCAGGAAGCGCAGCGGCCGCCGGAGGCCCGGAAAGCAGCGCCGGGACCGGAGGGGACAAGGACAAGCAGCAACCCGGGUCCUGUGUGGGACCCAACCUGGGCUCAGAGGCUCACCCGGAGGCGUCGUCGGGCAGCUCGAGUUCCUCCGGGGCGUCGUCGGGCGUGCGUGGCCGCCUGGGACGCUCCGCAUUGCGAUCGCGAGCCUCCCGCUCCCGGUCCCAGGAGCCCGGCAGCACCGCCUCGCGACACCACCAGGGGGCUCUCCUCGGCGGUGUCUACAAGACUGUCGUUCACGCUCUGUCUUCGAAGCCGCAGCCCCGAGGUCAGGGGUCAUCCCAGGGUUCGUCGCCACAGCGACAGGGCCGUGCCGCCGUGGGCGACGCGUCGCUCAGAGACCUCUACUCCCAUGUCCUGGGCUACUUUGGGCGAAAGACGACAACGCCAGCCAACAAAGAAGAGGCGGUGCUGAAGGCCCGUCCGGUCUCCAGUGACGUAGGAAGCACCAACCCAAACUUCUCUGACCUCAUGGAUGAGUUCAUUCAGGAGAGGCUGAGGGACAAAGGGACGGCGGGCCGUCGUGGCAGCAGCCCUGGCAGUCUGGAGGUUCCCAGGGACCUGCCGGAGCUCCUGGAGAUGAGUCAGAGUCCUGGAUCGCGGCCCUCAGAUGACCGCCGGCCUAUCGAUGAUCCGGGGGUUCCCUCCGAAUGGACGUCACCUGCGAGCGCCAGCGGUUCGGACAUCAUCAGCUCGGACAGCCAGUCGGACUCCUUCAAUGCCUUCCAGUACUCCACGUGCAAGUUUGAGAACUUUACUUUCAAUUCAGAAGCUAGUGAAAGAGGUGCUGGAUCCGGGGGCGGAGGCCGAGGCAGCUCACUGGACCAGGACAGCCUGGGAGGGGGCGUGGCCUGUGACGAACACGAAGUAGCCAGUUUAACGACGCUUCACAUCGACUCAGAGACCAGCAGCCUCAGCCACACCGUCACCAUCACCGGUUCAGAGAGUGCGUCUCCCAUGCAUUCCCUCGGGGGCUCUCGCUCCCAGACGCCCUCCCCCGCCACACUGACCGCAGAGCAUGCUGACCAUCCACACUCACACACACACCUACAGCUGGACCAGAAGCUCCACAACUCCGUCCUGCAGACUCCAGAUGACCUGGAAACCAGCGAGUUCCCCAGCGAGGACUGCAGCGUCAUGGCGGGGGGCUCUCUGACCGGAUGGCACGCUGACGUUGCCACGGUAAUGUGGCGGAGGAUGCUUGGCAUCCUUGGGGACGUCAAUGGCAUCAAAGACCCGGAGAUCCACGCACAGGUCUUCGACUAUCUGUGCGAACUUUGGCAAAACCUGGCCAAGAUAAGAGAUAAUUUGGGCAUUUCUCUGGACAACCAGUCGUCUCCCUCGCCCCCCGUCCUGAUCCCACCUCUGAGAAUCCUCACCCCCUGGCUCUUUAAGGCCACCAUGCUGACGGAGCGUUACAAGCAGGGGAAGCUUCACGCCUACAAGCUCAUCUGCAGGAUCAUGAAGAGACGGCAAGACGUCUCCCCCAACUCCGACUUCCUCACACACUUCUACAACAUCAUGCACCAAGGGCUGCUGCACCAAGACCAGGACAUCGUGAACACCAUCAUAAAGCACUGCAGUCCCAGGUUCUUCAGUAUCGGUCUCCCCGGAGCCACCAUGUUGAUCCUGGACUUCAUCAUGGCGGCUUCUCGAGUCACCGCCUGCUCAUCACUCAACGCGCCAAGAGUGGAGGCCCAGAUCCUGCUGGGGUCUCUGGUGUGUUUUCCCAACCUGUAUGAGGAGCUUCCAGCCCUCCAUCCCACCACCGCCGACGUGGUGCUCACCAAGUUCCCCGACGUCAAGGAGCAUAUUAUCAAAACCAUCCUGACCUCUGCCAGGGAGGAACCCUCUGCUCCUGCCAGGUGCGUGGCUCUGUGCAGUCUGGGCAUCUGGAUGUGCGAGGAGCUGGCUCAUGGGACUCAACAUCCACAGAUUAAAGACGCGCUCAACGUCGUGUGUGUCACUCUGAAGUACUCCAAUAAGAAUGUAGCGCUGGUGGCGUCGGACGUCCUUCACCUGCUGAUCAGUCAGGUGGAUCCUCUUCAGAAGUUCCCUCCCGACACUCCCAAGAAGAUUGUAGAGAUCUUGAUUGCCACUAUCACACACUUGCUGCCUAAUACCGAGUCUUCUCCUCAUGAAUUGGAUAAGAGGCUGGUGGUGUCCCUCCUGCUGUGCCUGCUGGACUGGGUGAUGGCGCUGCCUCCAAAGACUCUCCUUCAACCCGUUCAAACACGAAGCCCUCCGGAGAAAGAUCAGCCCACCAAGACUCUGCUCAGCUGUAUUUAUAUGGUGUUACAUGGAUGCGUGUACGGAGCGCAGUCUUUCAACAGUCCCAAGUAUUACCCGCUGCAGCUGUCGGACCUGCUGAGCCCCGACUACGACCCAUUCCUGCCGUUGGAGAGCCUCCGAGAGCCGGAGCCGCUGCACAGCCCGGACUCGGAGCGCUCCAGCAAACUGCAGCCGGUCACUGAAGUCCGCAGCCGAAUUCAGCACGGCCUGGUUUCCAUCGCAGCCAGAACCGUUAUCACACACCUGGUCAACCAUCUGGGACACUACCCGAUGUCUGGAGGGCCGGCUACGCUGUCCAGCCAGGUGUGUGAAAACCAGGAUAACCCCUUCUGUGAAAGCGCGGAUCUCGGACCGGAGCUCUUCCAGUCACCCAACCUCCAGUUUCUGGUCCUGAACGGCUCCACGCUGCUCUCUGUAUAUCAGAUCCGAUCAGAGUCCGGUGUACCAGGAGGCGGGAUGACGGCCGGUCUGUCCUCCGCUCCCGCCUGCGUUCGCAUCAUCAUCCGGGACGUCGCCGGAAAACACUCGUGGGACUCCGCCGUCCUCUACGGUCCUCCGCCGUGUUCCCCGAGCAGUCCGACAAACUCGUUUGCGUCUCACGCACAGUCGCCUCACGGCGCAGGCCUCCACUCGCACAACUCGCCAGCAGAUAUGCUGAAAAGGAUGAUGGGGGGGGUAAAGAGGGGAGACGCCGAAGGGGAGGGGCAGGAGGAGAGCGAGGCAGAGGUCGUGGGGAGAGGGACGGAGGGCGAAAGGCAAGAGUCGCAGGGCGAGGAAGGAGAGGAGGAGAGGACGGCCACGGAGGAGAGCACAGGAGAGCGACGUGAGGUCGGAGGAGAAGGGGAGGAGCUGGGGGAGGAGAGGGAUCAAGAAGAGUCGGACUUGGAGCAGCUUCUGGCUCCGCCAUUGGCUAAGCGCGUGUGUCGGGAGGCGGUGCCGGCGUGGGAUUCACUGAGGGAGGGAGACGACUCACUGGAUGAAGUGCUGCAGUACCUGGGGUACUCGAGUCCCGAGUGUCUGCAGAGAGCAGGCAUGCCGCUCAACAUCCCGGCCCCUCCUCCGUCGUGCGUUUCCGAAAAGCAGGAGAACGAUGUGAUUAAUGCCAUCCUGAAGCAGAGCGCGGCCGAAAGAGAGUUCGUCUUCCACAGAGGCGAGGAGCUGAACAUGAGGGCAGUGCAGCAAACCGAACCCGAGACUGAGACGCCGCAGUCGGCCUUCUACUACUGCCGACUGCUGAUCAACAUACUGGGGCUCAACUCCUGGGAGAAGAGGAGCAACUUCCAUCUGUUGAGGAAGAACGAGAAGUUACUGAGAGAGCUGAAGAACCUGGACUCACGGCAGUGCCGCGAGACUCACAAGAUCGCGGUGUUUUAUGUGGCCGAGGGCCAAGAGGACAAACACUCCAUACUGACCAACACAGCGGGCAGCCAGGCGUAUGAAGACUUUGUCUCGGGACUCGGCUGGGAGGUGGACCUCACGACUCACUGUGGCUUCAUGGGAGGUCUCCAGAGGAAUCGCAGCACAGGCCAGACCACGCCUUACUACGCCACCUCCACCACCGAGGUCAUCUACCACGUCUCCACCCGCAUGCCCCACGACCAGGACCACAACCUCACCAAGAAGCUGAGACACCUGGGUAACGACGAGGUCCACAUUGUUUGGUCGGAACAUUCCAGAGACUACCGGCGAGGGAUCAUCCCCACGGAGUUCGGAGACGUGCUGAUCAUCAUCUACCCCAUGAAGAACCACAUGUACUCUAUUCAUAUACUCAAAAAACCAGAGGUGCCAUUCUUCGGCCCGCUGUUCGACGGCGCCGUACUGGACAUGGACAUUUUGCCCACCAUGGUCAGAGCCACGGCUAUCAAUGCCAGUCGAGCCCUCAAGUCCCUCAUCCCGCUCUACCAGAACUUCUAUGAGGAGCGAUCCCGAUACCUAGAAAAUAUCGUGCAGCACCACCAGGAGCCGACCACGUUCGAGGACUAUGCAGCUCGGGUCUACAGCCCCGCUCCCUGCACACACCUGCCCUCUGACGCAGGCUCCUGCCUAGAGAUUCUUCGGGGAGAAAGUCUGGCUCUUGGGGAUGCCGGGAGCGACUCGGCGUCCCCCAUGUCUCCUCGGACUAGCAAGAGCCGCAUGUCCAUGAAGCUGCGGCGCUCCUCCGGUUCGGCCAAUAAGACUUGAGCUCUCUAGAUCACACGGCCCGGUCCGGGCCGGUCAGGAAAAUCAGACGCCUUUUUUAGGUCCACAAUUCGGGUUUAAAAGUAAAGUAAAAAUAUGCCGUCGUGGAGAAAUCCACAGCGGAGCGUAUUCCCAUCAGGAGUGAGCGUAACCAUCUGAGUGGUCGGUAGAAUCGUGUCACUCAGACGUUCUCUCAAAACCACGCAAGUAUUCUGUGAACACUGUAAUCGUAUUUUUAAAUUGCUCACAGCUUCUGAAUUUAUAUAUAUAUAUAUAUAUCUCCAUAUAUCCUUGGCUUCGCUAAAGAAAAGAAACCAUUUGAACCAGCGCUGAUCUUUGCCACUUGUUUAUCUUAAUCCGUGCCAUUUAGAAUCCGCAGAAAGCUGAAAGCCACAUUGAUGUUUAGCGAGGUCAAAAGAAGAGAGCUCGAACGCCGCCAUGUGGAAUCUGUAUAUUUGUACGAUAGUCAGUCCGCGUGUGUGUGUGUGUAUGUGUGUGUGUGUGUAGUCCUAUGAGUUUUGAUAAAUAUUUUAAAAAAGAAUAUGCAUUUCUGAACGAUUGAAAGCAAGAUAAAAGUAUAUUUUUGUUCUCGGUAAAGCAUUAGGCCUCUGAAGAUAAAGGGGCGGGGCUCUGUUGCUAUGCAGAAAAUGUAAAUAGAAAAACAAGUGUGUUUGCUCGCUGUAAAAUAACAAAAAAACUUUGAUCGCAAAUGCGUAAAAAGGUCCUCUACAUUUGAACCCGGAAGAAACAAUUCCCUGAACGCCACGUCGGAUCGGUGCUUGAGGGAACGAUGGAGGGAUGGUUUAUCUUUCAUAACGGAGAGAAAAGGGCGCUUUCUAGAAACCGAUGGAUCAAAGAGGAAGCACUCGUUACGUAGAGUUAAGUGUUGGCCUUCUUCUGUGCUCAUGCUGUAAAAUGUUGACAACGCACUGAUGUUCUCAUGUAUGGUCCUCGUGUUGUUUUGUUCCUUUAAAUAUAUUCUCUAUAUCUAUAUGUAUGAGUAUGAAAAUAUAUAUAUAUCGUUGAUAUAUGAGUAUCUAUAAGGAUGUGUAUAUACUGUAAUGUGAGAAUAGCUGCCAAAGUCCAACUGGUUGGUCCUCGGAUCAAAUUAUCUACUUAAAACACUACAAGUAUUUUGUUCUUCGUCGUACCAGUUUACUCUUCUCUGAAUGUUCGACGCUCUGUUGUUCUGGAUGGAGUGGAGCUGAAUGUGUAACACUACGUUCACGUAUUAAUGUUUACAAUUGGCUUUCGUUGUUCUCCAGGUUUCUCUUCAUAAAUAGUCUCGGCUGUGCUUUUUUUAGGUGUGUUUUUUUUUUAAUGUUCAUCUGUUUAUUAGGGGGCUUAUUCUCCCGAUGUCUCAAGAAUUCCUUCUUCUUUUCCCCCCUCGGCUGAUCUAAAGGAAACGUACACAUGCUGUUUGGAAUAUUUUCAUUUGUAAAUGUAGAUCCCAGCUCAAGGUUUUGCGUUAUGUAUCCAAUGUAACUGAAUGUUGGGAUAAUGUUUAAUUUUCUUUCUUUCAGCCACAGCUUCUCUGUAGAAAGGGAUUGUCAAACCUUUUUUAUUUCUGUGAACCCCUCUGUGGGGUUCAGGGUCACAUUGUGCCAGUGUAAAGACAAGGUCAAAUUCAUGUUAUUAUUUUGUGUGGAUAUUUGACGUCCGCUGAGAUUUGAGUUGUCCCGUUAAAUUAUUGCUGUUAUGGUUCUUGUCAUUAUUAUUAUUAUUGCCACGGCUGAAGAAGCACCAUUGAGUGGUUGCGCCACAUGAUCUGCUUUCCCCACUGCAUUCUGGGAAGGAUCUGUACCAUGUCGUACAUAGACCGCAGCGCCGCCACGUCUCCAUUUGGCGGAGGGCUUCAACGUGACCUUUUAGUCCCUUUGGAUUAAACCACCAGUCACUGCACGUGGUUUGAGUCAUGGCGCUGCUUUCAUACCGACAUGGAAAAGAUGGGACACAUUAGAUCUGUUUUCAGAUUGUUAGAAAGGAUUUUAAUUCAAACGUGUCAAUUAAAUAAAUAAAUAAAAAACUCUCAAUAGCAAAACCAAAAUGUAUAAAACACCUAGGUUACCCAAAGCCUUUCAGCAUUAUAUAACAAAUUCAUAUCAAGCUGCCUGAGGAUCAUCUGAAGUAUUAAUCGGCCCAAUUGACCCAAAUCUGGCAUCUUGGUUGUCUGUCGUUGGUUGCCAUGACGACCAUACACACAUGUAUGUAUAGAUACAUAUAUAUAUAUAAACACAUAUAUAUAUACACAUACAUAUAUAUACACAUAUAUAUGUAUAUAUAUAUGUGUAUAUAUAUAUAAACUAAUAUGUAACUUCCACGCCCGUGUGGACGGAUGCUCUGACCGUGAGCGCUGUGACGGAGACGGGUGUAUGUAACUACUGACAGUUCAUACUGCAUGACACCAGUAUAACGCAUGUGUUGAUCAUGUAACAGCUGUAUCACACGCACACACAUACACACUUCCUCGAUGUUACUGUCACAACCUGUAUUCUGUAGACGUGUAAUGUCUGUUUUUGACACGGAAGAGAACGCAGAUGUGCGAUGGAUGGAGUUUGACAAUAAACGAUUCAUACCACUUAA